AAAAGAUACUAAAUGCACUUCCAAAUAGCCUUUCUCUUCUAAUACGCAUAGGGGCAUUUGAUACACAAAGACCAAUAAAAACAUGCCUCAAAUAACAAACGUAACAAUUAUCAUUGUAAUCAUUGUGGUUGCAAUGUCACUACAAACCAUAGAAGCUGAAGAUUACACAGUAGGAGGAGAUGUCAUAGGUUGGACUAGUUUUCCUCCUGGUGGUACUUCUUUCUAUUCAAAAUGGGCUGCAAAUUUCACAUUCAAAUUAAAUGACAAUCUAGUAUUCAACUAUGAAUCUGGAAGCCACAGUGUGGUUAUACUUAACAAAGCUAACUAUGAAGAGUGUAAUGUCAAUGACAAAAAUAUCCAAACCUUUAAUCAAGGACCAACCAAAAUAACCUUGGAUCACAUUGGGAAUUUUUUCUUUAGUUGCACGUUAUCAGGUCAUUGCUCCUUCAGGUUAAAGUCACUGGACCAGGUGUUUACUGCUCUUCCACCACAGAGUUCAACCACACCUAUGGCUGCUACUUUCACUCUUGUCUUCAUUACUAUUGCCUUCAAUUUUUUGUCUCAUAUUUAAGUUACUCACUAGUAAAUGUACUACCUCUAUGACUAUCCUUUUAUUAGAAGCUGCUUUUGCAAUUUUCAUGUAUAUUAAUAAAUAUAUUGUAUUUUGAGUCCAAAAAAAAAUAUUGUAUUUGAUGUUUGUAUUUUGUGUAUGAAAUUUGCUUAAAACA